AUGGCGGAGCAGCGUCAGGACAUCACUAUGAUGGAGGAUCACGUAGCUGGCCAGGAGAAGCACAUCCCAUCAGGCUAUCCCCUUCAGAUACCAGUCGAUGAUGGAUCGGAUGAGCCUGUUUCUGAAACAUCUGAAGCUAAGAGCACCCCAACUACGGAAGAUGCCACAGCACCUUUAGUGGAGGAAGGAGACCACGAGGAUCAGGGUGGUGUCGAACAGCACGGGGAGAUCCCAGAAGGAACCACAGCUGAAGAGGCAGGUGUAGGAGCCACUCCCAACCUGGAGGACCACGCUGCAGGAGAUGCCGCUCAAGGGGAGCCAAGCUCUCCAAAGCUACAGCCUGGCCCUCAGGAGCAUGUGGGAGAUGCAAUAAAAAGAGAAAGCCAGCCCACAAAGCAGGUAGCUGGGGUUCUUCAGCAGCCUCUUCUGUUGCAUGAAACGAAGGCUACAACAGCAGCUCCUACCAGAAUUGAGGUCACCAUCCCAAUACCCCUGGAUAUGUACCAAGACUCCAGAGCAUCUGAAGACAACAAUGGGUUGUGGGAUCAUCGAGGCAGAGAAGGCAUUGGUGCGGAUCCAGCACUGGGAACAGAGCUAGGUCGUGAUGUGCGCACUGAGGGGUUGGCAGGAGCAGGUGGCACACGUGACUCCCAUAUUAAAGAUGGGCCAUCUCCUUUAUAUACCAGAGCUCCAUUAAAAGAAGAUGCCAGUAGACAGGAAAGAGAUGAGGACCGUGAUAUUGAUGAAACUUCGGAACAGGAUUUGCUUUCCCUGGUGGGACAGCAUGUUUCACUAGGACCUAAAAUGGGCUUGAGUCCAGCAACACCCAAGGAAGCUCUUGGAGAAUAUGCCUUUGAAGAAAACAAGUCCAAAGAUGUCCUCAAAGACAUAUCAAGUGAGGAACUUCUUGUUGAAACUCAAUCACAUAAAGCAGGAGAGGACCAAGAGGAGAGGAGACAGCCAUUGAGGGGGGAAGAAGACACAAAUGUCACCCCAUCAGAGCCUUCUGAAAUCAUCUCCCAAAAAGAAGCGGAGCCUGGGGAGGGAGAAGAUUCUGGACCCUUGCUAGAAACAGCCAAACUCCCCUUUCAGUCAAAAGAUGAUGUGGAAGGCAGAUAUGCUCCUUUGGAAGAGGCUGUGCCAGAUACAGGAGAACGCCGGACGCCCAAGAAGAAACCUUGUGCCCAUGUUGAAGAUAAAGCCAUCAGUCGUGUCCCUCUCCUAAAAGGUCGUAUUGACAGCAAAGACAAGGAAGGAACUGAAGCUGAGGAAAAGAAACCGAAGAAAUCCUCACCUUCCACUGCCAAACCCCCAGGCGAUAGACCCUCCACCCCCCCCCAACGACACACCUCCUCUAGCACAACCCCUUCGAAAACACCCUCAAGCCCUGCUUCCACCUCUAAAAGAGUCUCUUCUGUCACAUCCCGACCUGCCAGUACAGGAGCGCAAGAAACGAAAGCCAAGGGCCCGGAGAUGAGAGGUGGCACGAAGACGGCCACGCCGCGGUCUGCAGCCGGGCAGGCUCAGAGGAACUCGACCAAUGCCACACGCAUCCCAGCAAAGACAUCCACGGCCCCCAAGACACCUCCCAGCUCUGGCAGAAAGGAGCAGAAAAAACCACCUCCUGCAGCAGCAAAGUCUGAGAAAGGUGAGCAGCCAAAGUCUGGAGACAGAAGCGGUUACAGCAGUCCCGGUUCCCCCGGGACUCCAGGCAGCCGUUCCCGCACUCCCUCUCUGCCCACCCCACCAGCCAGGGAGCCCAAGAAGGUGGCAGUGGUUCGCACACCACCGAAAUCUCCUGCAUCUGCCAAGAGCCGCAUCCAGCCGUCAGCUGCACCCAUGCCUGAUCUGAAAAAUGUGAAAUCCAAAAUUGGCUCAACUGAAAACCUGAAGCACCAGCCCGGAGGUGGCAAGGUGCAGAUUAUUAAUAAGAAGCUGGACUUUAGCAGCGUUCAAUCCAAGUGUGGCUCAAAGGAUAAUAUCAAACACAUCCCAGGAGGAGGCAGUGUGCAGAUUGUUAAUAAGAAGUUGGACUUUAGCAGCGUUCAAUCCAGGUGUGGCUCAAAGGAUAAUAUCAAACACAUCCCGGGAGGAGGCAGUGUUCAAAUCGUUUACAAGCCAGUCGACCUGAGCCACGUGACAUCCAAAUGUGGUUCCCUGGGCAACAUCCAUCACAAACCAGGUGGUGGCCAGGUGGAGGUGAAAUCUGAGAAACUGGACUUCAAAGAUAAGGUGCAAUCGAAAAUUGGGUCCUUAGAUAACAUCAGCCACGUCCCUGGAGGAGGAAAUAAAAAGAUUGAGACUCAUAAGCUGACUUUCCGCGAGAACGCCAAAGCCAAGACCGACCACGGCGCCGAAAUCGUCUACAA